UGAAUUUAUCAUCGAAACAGAUGUUACGUAUUUAUUAUAAACAUUUACACAGUAGAAAAUAUUUUUGAACAUGCAUUAUACCUGUUUCUAAUCUUUAUUUUUGAUAUCAGAAUAAAGGUAAAACUUAUGGUUUUGUGUGCACUGGAAUCGUUCCAAAAUAUUGGCAGCGAAAUCAUAACAAAAGAGAAGUUAAUUUGAGAGAGGGAUAAUGUUAGAGUAAUACGUAACUUACAUAAGGGACAACAAACAUGUCACAGAAGAAAUUUAAUAACGCUAAAAUAGUUGUUCUUGGAGGACCUGGGGUUGGAAAGACAGCUUUCACAGUCCGAUAUAUUACAAAAAGAUACAUUGGUGAUUAUGACAGAAACAAAGAAAUGAUGUACACGCAUAAAAUUUCUGCGCCAAAAGAAGAUAUUAACCUUGAAAUAUUGGAUACUGCUCAAAACACUCAGGAGGUAUGUAAUAAGCACAUCAAGUGGGGAGAUGGUUUCGUAUUCAUAUAUUCAGUGACAGACGUGGACAGUUUCCGCGAAGCGUGUCGUCUUAAAGAUAUAAUUCUUAAACUAAAAGGAUCAGAGACGCCUAUUGUUUUGAUUGCAAAUAAAUGUGACAUGUUGUCAGCCCGUUGCGUUACGGAAGAUGACGGUGCUUCUCUUGCAGCACAACUAGACUGUCCUAAGUUUGACCUUUCAGUGGCGGAGGGAUAUCAAGGGGUAUCGGAAGCCAUGGAAGAACUACUUAUUCAACUUAAACGAAAUUUUGUGAAAAAUUUAACGGCUAGUGCACAAUCAGGAGAAAAACCAAGAUCAAAACUUUUCAAUAUGCGAAAGGUUUUAAAGAAAAGAAUAGGACGUAGUCACAGUGAUACGUUUUAGAUCCACUGACAACUUUUAGAGUAGAACCAAUUAACCUUUGCAAUGAAAAUGCGCUAUAAAUUAUUUUUGUUGUACUACAUAAUUAUACUGUAAAAUAUAUUUAUUAUUAUGAUGA